AUUGAUUUGUACAUAAUAUUACUUGAAAAAUAGGUGAAUAAAGCCUUCCCUUUGAUAGCUUAAAAGCAUUUGGGAAUUUUAAAAUGUGUGUACUAUUCAUGCUGGUAUUACUGGUACUGUAUUUGUAUUAUUUGUAUUAAUAAUACCAGCAAUAUGUAUUAAUUAUCAUGCAGUCCACAGCCCCCUGAGAGAUCAAAGCGGUCAGGGAGGAUCUGUCAUUUCUAGUAAAUGCUCGCUCUGAAUCUUGCGGAAGUUGAGGUUUGCAAUGUUGCACACAUCUAACAUAAGCGAGUGAGACAGAGAGAAACCACAUGAAAGUAUCAUACUUAAUGGCCACUACUCUUCCUGUUAGUUAGGGGUUUCAUGUACGCUUUCAGAAAAAAAACAUUGUCUUUUCUUACAGCGAACUGUUUCCUCCCAGACCACUAAGGCAUUAUUUAAAGCCUCUCUUUGAUAGCAGACGGCAUUGGUGGCAGUUACUUCCAAAUGCAGAGGGCUGUAGGAUCAUAUGAUGAUGUGCACUGAAGUAUUCUGUGUCAAACUUCGGUCCAGCAAGAAGGAAACAGAGGGGGAGAAGAUAUCAACUUUUCUUCAGUAAAGUUAGCACCCUGCAUUUCUUCUAUGAAAGUAAAAGGUAAGUCAGUUUUUGCUAAAGGUACGCAUAAAAAUGUUCAACUGUUUGCAAGGCAAGUGCUUUGCAUUCCUCUCUUAUUUGUGAUUAUUUGCUGUGUUUUGUUCCCCUAGCUGGCAGAUAGGACACAUUGAUCUUUAGGGGUUACUGGAUUGGAAAACACCCUAUCUCAAAUUAUUUUAGACAUUACUAUUGCUUUAACAUUCAAAAGCUAGUGAAUGCAAAUAAUUAAGUUAUACUAUUGCUGUGUAUUUGUUUCUCAAAGCUAUGUAAAUAUGUAAAUGAUGCCUCUGAAUUUCUGCCUUUAAAAGAUGGAGAUUUAUUUCCUUGUGGUAGCAUAGUAUGAACUAAUGUAUUGUGUAACUUUGAUUCCUUCCUCUGUACUGUAUAUUUAGCUCUAACACUGCACACCCCAAACCUUGUACUUUGAGUAAACCCAUUCAUGGGUAAGUAGCUUAUUAUUCCACACUGUAUCUUCUGGUGUGUGUCUGAGAUAGGCAGUUUUUCUGUGUUGAGCCCAAUAAACAUCUUAGAGAAGGAUAUAUGACACUGGGAUCUUUCAUGAAGGCCUUGCUUUCUAAAUGUAAAGUUUUUGGAACUGUAGUAUGUCUUAUAAUAAGCUGUGCAUAGGAUCAAUGUAUGUAAUGCAUUCUGAACUUUUUAUUGAUCCUUUGAACAGCUUAUUUAUUAUAUAAAAUCAUACUACAACUAUAAUUCCAGAGAGUUUACCGGUACAUGUAGGUGUAAUUAGACAGACACACAAUUCCAUCAGAGUCAGUCCUUGAUCAACUUUUCAUCUUAUGUUGUGUGUGAAUGUCUUGCUUGCUUACACAGUAAUUGUAACACGUUGUCAUGGUUAAGCAUGUGGUCCUGAACCCCAUUGUUUUUGAUGGUGCAGCAAAUGCUAGAAUAUUUGCUUAAUUUUGCAACAUGUUUUAAUAUGCUUUUUUGACAUUGGGAGUAAACUAAUAUCCCCCUCCCAAUUGCAGAAAGUAAGUGAUCUGCCUUGUUUGGCCCUCAGUGCCAACAUCAAUCAAGGUACGGAACUAUCUAGCUUAAAAUAACUUGCAUGGAGGCAGGACCAUAAUCUGCUUUUGUCAGACUCUGAUCCUUCCCACAUCCUACCCCUAAAUUCUUGUGCCUCCUCUGACAGUUGUAAGGAAAGACUCCCUACAAAGACCUUAAACAAUAGCAGAACAUCAGGCGAGUGGCCUUUCAGUUAGUUGCAAUCUAUUUUUCACUCAUUUGGGACAGGUGGGAGUGGGGUACAGUCUCUCCAAAAUCCAUUCACAGCUUCCUUAGGCUCUUGUUUAAAGUCCAUUCACAGCUGCCUUAGGCUCUUGUUUAAAGUCCUUCUGGUUUUUUAUUGUUUCAUCUAUAUGUCCAUAUGAGUUUUCCUGUUCAUUUUGUGUCUGCACAAAGUGAAACAAUAAGCUGGUAUUAGUGCAUAAUGCCUGAAACAUCUUCUAGAUUUGUGAGGGGUGUGUGUUGUCUCAGUGAUAACUGCACUGUUUUUUGCAAGACCUUUUUAUCUGCCUCAACAGACAAACUAGACACGAUUCAGAUGGCAGGCCCAUUAGCUAUUAAAGCCUAUAAAUAAUUGAUUGAUAGUAAAGACUUACUUUAGAACAUCUCGACUUCACACUAUACUAGUUUUACUUCCAUGGGAUAAAAGGUUCAACAGCUAGCAGUCAGAGGGGCAUGGUAUUCCAAUUAAGGCACAUUUAUCUUUGUGGUUGAUUGGGAGACAAUCAGCUGAAUUCCAUGAAACCUUUUAUUAUUUGGAUUAUUGUUAGUCUCAUUUUUCAUUAUCUUUUGCACAAUCCACAUAAGCAAAAUGGCUUUUACACAGGCCUUUUUACACCAGGGUAAGUAAACACGCUGAUGGGCAAUGGUGCUUAUUGUAAUGAGGCUGUUUGAAAGAUGCUGAAUCAUAUUUCAUAGCUCAACUGUGGCCCAACCAUACUAUGAAACAAUAUGUUCACAGGAUGUAGCUUUUGUUUUUCAGGAAAAGUGGGAGAUAGUGAUCUACUGCAGAAUAAGAAAGGGGAAGUAGGUUGUUCUUUUUUUCCUGUAUUCCUAAGAAAUGCAAUCCUAAUUUCCUAAUAUGAAAUUUGUUAAUUUAAAGCAAUGGAGGUGGAGUUUCUCCCCCUUAUACCUGCUGCUGCCUAUCAACUUGAAUCAUACCCCAAUUUUCUUGGCAGAAUGGUGGAUCUAAGACAAACCUCUCUCAUUUUUAUCAGUUUAGAAACUACCUGCAGCAAAUUGGGAGUCUGAAGUCAUUUUAUUUAUUCAAGACAAUAAACUGCCUUCAUCCAGCAAAGAACGUGCCUUGCAGGUGAUGAGACUGAAAAUUAUGGCUUAUAUGGAAAAGGGUUCUUAACAUCUCUUAUUAUGACACAAUGCAAAUGUAUCUCUAAUGAAAGAUGUAUGCAAGCAGUUAAAAGGACUUAUAGAUCUUUUGAUUGCUGAACCCUGCCCCUAGGUUUAAGCCCCAACUUUCCUUGGUGGUGGUGUGAAGAAGAUUAAAAUUCUUAAAAACAACAACAAACGGACAAACAAACAACAACUUUGUAAGAAUCAGAAGAGAAAAUGACUCAGGAACUUGACCUCAGCGUACUAAAGGGAUUGGAACGACAAGUUGUUUUAGAUGUCCUGAACCGUGAUCAGAUGUUGAGGAAGGUGGACGAAGAACGAAUAAGGAAACUGAAGCUGCAGCUUCAGGAACUUCGAUGGAAAGGGACAAAAAACACAAACCUGGAAUAUAAGUCUUGUGCCCGCUGUCAGAAACCUCUUGGAGUGCUAAUCAACAGAGGUGCAGUGUGCAAUGGGUGCAGUCAUCAAGUAUGCUCCAGAUGUCGCAUCACUUUGAAUCGCUACCUGUGGAAAUGCACCGUCUGCUACGCUCAUGAGGAACUUAAAGUGAAAGCAGGCGAGUGGUUCUUUGAGCAGCGAUCAAAGAAAUUUCCAGCUGAAGGUAGACAUGAAACUGCUGGCGCAAAGCUCUUGGACUCUUAUCAAGUACUUCUAAGUAACAUAUCAGUGGUUCCUCCAACUCCCCCUCCAUUUGCUGAAUCCACAAGUGAACAUAAUACAGUGGAACUUGACCAGACUAAAGGUUUCCACCGGUCUAUGGAAAAUCUGUUUCUGACAUUUACAUCACAUAUAAAAAAAAUAUCAAAGUCCCAGAAUGAUAUGACAGCCGAGAAAGGGUUGCUAACAACAGAUUAUGGGCAAGAAAUGGAUCCAAGGAAGGAGAGGAGAAGCCUGUCUGAUACUGCCAUUGAUAUUUCAUCCAGGGUAAAUAAUGCCCCAACUCUUCAACGGCUCAUAAGUGGAGAUCAAGGUGUCAAUGGAGUUGCUGCCAAAAGGAAAUCCAGUGAAGAGCUAAUUCCAUCCAGUGCCAUAAGUGACCUUUUUUCUUCAGGAAAACGAAGUGGUAGUUUAUUCAGCAUUAACAGCACUUGCACUGAGGCUGGCAACUUUGAGCAAGCUGAUGUCAGUGGUGAGAUAGAAGUUGCCAUCAGAUAUCUCUUCAAAUCUGGCAUUUUAGAGGUAUAUAUCAGAGCCUGCAAGAACUUGGCUUAUGGAGAGGAGAAAAAGAAAAAAUGCAAUCCGUACAUCAAGACUCGCUUGCUGCCUGAUAAAUCUUCUCAGAGUAAACGGAAGACCUCUGUCAAAAAGAACACAUUGGAUCCAACCUUCCAAGAAACAUUAAAGUACAAGAUUGAAUACUCGCAGCUGGAAACUCGACAACUGCAAAUAUCCGUAUGGCAUGCUGGAACUUUCAGACAUCGAGUAUUCCUUGGAGAAGUGGUGAUCCCAUUUGAAUAUUGGGAUUUUGAAGACAGUUCAACUCAGUCAUUCAGCUGGUAUCAACUCAAAGCAAAGCCCGAAAAGCCUGGAGAUAAUGUACUCCAGUACAGUGGAGAACUUCUGGUGCGUGCAAAGCUGGUUUCACCUUCCCUACGUAACAAGUUCCAGUAUGGGAUGGAAGACAGAGCAUAUCCUGAGUACCAGCUUCAACUUCUAGUUCUUGGAGCCCACAACUUGCCUAUGCUAAGACCUGAUGGCCUAUUGAACACAUUUGUUAAAGGCUGCCUUUGCAUCCUGGGGCAACGUGACUUAAAACAAAGGACUCCUGUGCUGAAGAAACAAGCCCAGCCACAAUGGAACCACUUGUUUGUCUUUAAUGGGGUUACCGCAUCUCAGCUGCAGCAAUCUUGUCUGGACUUAACUGUCUGGGAUCAAGUGCCGUUUGGUUUACAUGAUCAGUUCUUGGGCGGUGCAAGACUCGGAAAACAAACAUCAACCGGUACAGUGGAUGCAACCUCCCAAGCAUGUCUUCAGUGGGAAAAGAUGCUCAGCAGCCCAGACACAUGGACAGACAUAGCACUUUCACUGUAUCCUAAUGCUCCUGCAUUUAAAUUCUGAAUGUCUCUUGCCUUAACAACAUAUGGAAAGCUAUGUGCAGCAUUGGUCAUUGCCUGCUCAUACAAGUAUGGUAUGCCAGUUAUUUUAACCCCAAGAAAUGUAAACCGUGAACGAAAAGAAGUACGUCAGGAGUUUCACAGCAAGUCAGACUGUGGAUCUGAGGUUCUUUCACACAUGUAUCAGUAGUGUUAACUGCAAAUUUAGAGUUUACCUAUUUCUCUGGGAAACUAGUUGGGUAUCUUAGCCAGAGCAGGCGGCAUGAUUUCCUGGCACAAUUCAAGCAAUAGCAACGGUAGGCUGGGAAUUUAACGCUACUGUUGAUUAUUUCAUGGUUGCAUCUUUUUUUGUAAACUCCAAAGGCUAGGACUAAGCAAUGCAAGAAUGUUUGCUGUAACACCCUUGUUCAUUUUCACUGCUGCCUGCUUCUCUCUCUCAUAAUCAGCCCUAACCUUUUUCUUUCUCCUUAUUUCUAUUCUACUUUGAGAGUCUCAGCUUUGUUCUAAAUCAAUCUGGCUAUGCCUGUAAAUUCAGCAGCACUAUGCACCAAUUACUUGAGAUGACGUCUAUAACUGCAGCCAAAAUAUGUCAGCAUCUGGACAACCUAUUCUUUCUGCUUGUCAGCAUCAAAGAACAAAAUUUCUCCAAUGAAAGUUUGAGAUAAAUCUUUCAUUUAUUGGUAUCUGUAAUCUACAGAAGUAAAAGAAAACCCCAAUGUAUGGCAUUUUAUCUAUGCAUGUAAUUAGUUGGACUAGGGGAAACAAGCACACACGUAUCCUUUUUGAAAAGUUGUUUUUGUAAAGUUCACUUAUUUCUUCUUUAACUGGAAAACACCACAAAGAGGGUGUUUUGCUUAGUCCCAUAUACAGUGGUACCUCGGUUUAAGAACAGCCCUGUUUACGAACUAUUCGGUUUAUGAACUCCGCAAAACCAGAAGUAAUGUCCCGGUUUGCGAACUUUACCUCGGUCCAAGAAUGGAAGUUGAACGGUGGAAGGGCACCAGCGUCAGGAGACCUCAUUAGGGAGAGCAUGCCUCAGUUUAAGAAUGGACUUCCGGAACGGAUUAAGUUCGUAAACAAAGAUACCACUGUAUAGCUGCCCAGUACUAUUGAGCCAAUUAAUUUAGUUUUAUGUACCCUAACAGGCAUCUGCUCCCUAGUGUCUAAGGAAAUCUAAGGGUCUUUUAACCAGAUAUGCAAGGGACUUAAUUUAUUGUGAUAAAAUGGAGGGCGAGGGAAACAGGAUAUGUCACAGUCAUAAAAUAAAUUAAUAAUACAAUCACUACAAUGAUUUCUGCUCUUCCUUUGUUUCAUCUGUUCCA